AUGCAGUCACUGCGUCGCUUUAACCGAGGCGGCACUUGGGACGUACCUGUCCUCUCUGCUUUCAAGAAUUUUGAGCCAAACCUACGAAACAAGAUGGAAGCGUCACCUGCCAAGGAACAGAUUGACGUGCAGAAAACAACAGAGAAGAUCAACAAGGACCUCGAGACAAUCCGCGUCAAAGCUCUCCAGCAUGCCAAAGAAGAGGUUUUCCGUGCUGCAGCGUCAGCUAAGACAGUCGCUGUGCCUCCCAUGGUUAUGCCCUCCGAUUCUGGCACCACCUAUGACAUCCCAGGCAGUCUCAAGAUCCUGGAGAAGGCUGUAUUUCUGAAUGACCUGUCAACAGAAGAGCUUGAGAAGGUUCUCUUCACCCUCUCUACCGGGCUGAAGGUCGGUCUGAGGCAUGAUGAGGUGCCGGAAGGCAUGCAGGUAUUUGUGCACAAGUUCAUGCUCCUGGUGAAGCAUCUUCACUCAGACAAAGCGAUGCAGACCGCUAUGGUGAGGAAUGGACUGGCAGGCAUGACCUCUGGCGGCCAGCUUCGCAUGGGGCUGUAUCCUGAAGCGAUGGGGCUUGGCUUUCUGGAGGCAGCGGUUGACAUUGUGAUGGAAGAUCCCACGAAUCUGGAGGCCCUGCAGACUCUCUCCGUUUUCAUAGCGGAUGGAGGACCUGCUUACGUUAAGAAGUUCCACGAGAGAGGAGCGCUGCAGCCGUUGAUCGCCAACUUCGUCGCUUCAGAGUUCACUCUAGACGAUCUGCUCCGUCCGAUGGAUGUGAAUCUACCCGGAUGGACGGUCAGGCUCUUCGGCAGUCUCGUGGCGCCGGACUUUGAGUUCAGGGCGGCGUACGGCGGCCGAUUAGAUCCUCGGCAGCUGGUUCCUGGAGCAAGCUGUCUGUCAGGCGUGAAGAAGCAGGCGACUGAGGCCCUGAUCAAGGGAGGCGCCGUCCGGAAGCUGGUGCGCGUGCUCGCGCAGAUGGCCGAGCGCGCGGGCGACGUCCCGCGCGAUGUGCACCUAAUCGACUUUGGCAAGAUGCUGGGGAAUCUGGCCAGUGUCCUAGCCAACGUCUCCAACGCGCAGCAGAUGUUCCUCGACGACCUAAGAUCUGUACCUGAGUUCGCGUCAAGCCUGUCGUGGCUCAUGACCCACUGGGACUAUGAUCUUAGCUCCGGUCACACGGCGGUCAUGAUCGCCAAGAGACUAACCAAGAGCGACAGGCCGGAAGACAAGGCCCUGGUCGCUGAAAUCGUCCGUCAGGAGGGCCUCCUCGCCGCGGUCGCAAGAUUUGUCGAUUUCUCCCCCAACUUUGUGGUGGUUCCGGGGCCCACAGGCGUCAAAGAAGUGAACCUGCUCCCGGGCGCCUUCCUCUCGCUUCUCUCCCUGGACGCCUUCCCGCCCGGUCCUCUUCCCUCGCCAGUCGUGUCCACUCUCGCUAGGCUUACGUCCGGAAACCAGGCACCGGACGUCCGUUCCCAGGUAAGUUUCGAAGUAAGGCUGAGUUGA